AUGGGGGAGUUCACGCUCUACAACGCGUGUUUCUUCUUGUACGUCUUCAUUGUGCCAGCGUUUCUGCAGUACCUGAUACGCGCGCCCUCGACCUUCAGUUCGGCGCCAUUCUACCCGGUCCCGCUAUCCACGCUGCAGGGGAAGGUGGCGCACGUGAACAUGAGCAAUCCUCCGCAGACGAUGGAGGAGGGGGUCAACCACUGCAAGCCCUGCUACGAGGACCAGUACCACAAGACGGGCAUGUACCAGUGGGACAUAAUGCUCAGGAUGUCCUACAACGACCUGAUGGUCCAGGACAAGGAGCACCCGGUGACCACUAUGUAUCCAGUCAUUCUCGCGUCGAACGACUUCAAGAGAUGGCAUGUGGUUGCAGAUGCGGACGACGUGCAGGGAGAUAGCAAUUCCAACGCCACCACCAUGCAGGAGCUAGCGCACCUCGCCCCACCGCUGCUCGUGGCCAACCUGAAGCCGUUCGGUUGCGUGAACAACGAGACCGGCACCACAGACCCGUUCAUGUGGUUCUUCGCUUCUGCUGAGAAGGCAAACCGGUACAAGUGGAGGCUCGUCGACCACAUCUCGACUCACGGCUCCGUCAACCUCGUUGCCUGCGUGAUGCAGGGGUUCGACAAGGUGAACGCGUUGAUCACCUACUACGCCCAGAAUUGCAUCACCGCCUCGGGCAAGAUGCAGUGCGUGCGGACUCCCCGGGAGGCGCUGGGGCAGUGCUACGCGCUCGGCUCCGCGUGCGGUCAGGCCUGCGGCUUCUUCUCCCCGAACCUCCAGCACUGCAACGAGGGCCACAUCGACCCGUACUUUUUCCAGGGCCUCACGUCCAAGAGGGUGAGCAUCAAGACGGCAUCGGGUGGAGGCGCCUCGAACGCGCUGGUGAAUUGCAACGAGGACGGCUGCAAAUCGGGCCUCAGCUUCGAGGGCAUGUACGCGGAGGCUGACAACCCCAACGACUUCGUGAUCGAGUCUGGGGACCAGGAACUGGCGGACUUCUACACGCUCCUGUUCGCCAUGUCCGAUGUCGAAGCCGAAGCCGAAGCCGCAAAGCCUGGUGAUGCGGCGGAGGAUGCGGAGGAGGACGCCCCGGCGGACGAAGACGGCCUGGACGAGAUGGUCGACAGGAGGCUCCAGGCCGCCAACAGCAAGUACCUCUGGCAGAUCGCGCACGUGCCCAAUCUGACGAUGGGCGUCUUCAAAGACCACAGCUCGAACACCAUGCGUAUCGAGCCCACGAGGGAGUCCUGCUUCACGCAGCCGGGGUUCACCUACAUGGUGGCUUGCAUGACGGCCAAGCCCGUCUUCACCGCCGGAAACCGGGAGGACAUCGCGGGCCCGCCCUUCAACGACCGCUGCGUGGCGGUGGGCGGCCUGUGCGGCGCGGCCUGCGGCUCGGGGCAGACGCUGGACGAGGACGCCACGAAGUACUGCCCGCAGCCCAGCGGCGGGCCGGACGGUCGCCGCCUGGACGGCUCGCUCGAUUACUCGCCGUACGCCUCCACGGUCAUUCCGAUGGAGCACCUCGUGAGCCGCAUCGAGCCCCGGAGGUCGGCGACGACCAAGUCGACGGCGGCCAGCUUCUUCUUCCACAGCUUCAUCUUCUUCGUGGCCGUCUCGUACGUGGCCACGAUCCUCAGCAAGUUCCCGGGCAAUUUCAGCGACUUCUACCCGAUGCACACGUGGGACGAGCUCCGGACGCACGGCUACAUCCUCGAGAAGUUCGGGUGCGCCGCCGCUUUCGGCAUCUCCGCGGGCGAGAACAAGAUGAUCGUGCUCAGGAAUUGGCUCGGCAAGAUCUCCGCGAGGCCAGAGUUCGAGGACAGAGCCUUCCCGACCUUCAGGAGGUGGGUGGACGCGUUUGCUGACGAGGGGCACCGCGAGGGCGCCCGCCUGCUGUGGCUGGCCUGGGCCGACUUCCUGGACACGAAUCCGCCGGUGGAGUUCCUGGAGGAGUGGUCCGAGAGCCUGCGGGAGCAGUCGUGGGAGCAGGCGCACUCGCUGUCCCCCUUCGAGCUGGCCUGGGGGGACCGGCGCGUGCUGCCAGUGAUCCACAGCCAGGCGCAGGCGUUUGUGGGGCAGGCGCACCAGGCCGCCGUCGAGGGCGGGGUGGAGCUGCAGCAGGACUCGCUUGCGAGGCUGCGGGACCUGGCAGACCUCUACAGGCAGCUGCCGAGCGACAUGAGGAUGGAGCAGUCCCUGAGCAAGAAGGACGACUGUGUCCUGACCCGGGAGGUCAACCUGUCCUUGAAGUCGGAGUCGGCCAAGAAGAGGGGCCAGAGUUGCUACACGAUCAAGUACGGCCAGGCAUGGAUGAAGGAGAUGGACACGAAGUUUCAGGAGCGGAAGACCGCGACGAGUGCAUCGUCCAUAGACAGCUACAAGAAGCACCUGGCUAUCAUGGACGCCAAGGGCCGCGCGGUCAAGCUGGUGGAGCUAGUCAAGACCCUACCAGAGGCGCACUUCCCCCUCCAUUUCCGGGAGAUGCCUGCGCACAGGGACCGGAAGGUGAUCAUGAUCUACAUGGCGCGUGCACGGCCUGAGACGGAGCGCAAGGGCAUCGAGAAGACGCGCGGGUUGGACAAGUACCUGUGGGCUUGCCUCAAGCCUAGCGCUGUGCGGCCGUACCCUGGAGACGACGGCGCCCGCAAGCAGUUCAGGCGCCGCAAGGUCGACGGCAAGGAGUCCGAGCCCCUCUUGGGCGGCGGGGCGGCCCAGCCGCCGAAGGGCAUCCACGACGAGGUUCGCAGGUGCGUCCAGGACGUCCUGGCGCGCCAGCACAAGAAGUUCCUCGAGUCCCUGGAGGAGCCCGCCACCUCGCAGCAGCAGAAGAUGCGCGGGCACAGGGAGCUGGCCGAGGAGUACCUGAAGUACCGCGUGGUGGAUUCGGACUGGGAGCUCGGCCGCUGGUGCUACGGCGAGAUCGUCGGCGAGGACCAGGACGUCCAUGGCGACGACGUGCUGGUCCUGGACAACCCCUCCUCCGCGCUGCUGGAACUGGUCACCACCUGCGAGGGCGCGAAGAAGGCCGGCAUGGGGCUGGUGGCCAUGGAGAGCGUCGAGGAGGUGGCUUGCCGCUGCCUCGUGCGCAGCUCAAUGCGCGUGGCCAUGGCAACCAACCCCAGCCUGGAGUUCCUCUUCUCCGCGUACGACGAAGACGAUCGGGCGGCGUACAAUCCGCAGGCGUUCGAGAGGGCGUUUCGCGAGAACCUGCGAGGGCUCCUCAGUGACCAGGUGGCGAAGUUGUUGCCGAAGUGCACAAUCACCCAGUAUCAGCAGGGAGUAGACCUCUCCGUGGAGAUCAACGGGGACGGCAAGAUCAUCGAGGAGAUCCGCGCCCGUUUGGACUCGAGCCUGUCCGUGAUGAACUUCGAUGGCCGCCUGAUGGACAGCCACCCCACAGUCCUCGUCAAGAGGAACCUGCUCAUGCCGUACAUCGGCGUGCGCGGGAAGGGCGGCGGUCUCAAUUUCGCGGUCGAUCUCCUGCAAUUCCGUGACGGCUUCAUCGGCACAGGGAUUGAGCAGGAUCCUAUCCCAGGGCGCAUGCUCUUCGGCAUCUUCGACGCUCGUCACCAGCCGCACGCGGACUUCUGGCGCAUGGUACUGCCCAAGUUUGUGCAGAACACCAGCGUUGGCUUUACCUACGAGGUCAACACAGAAAUCGCGAUGGUGCAGGCUCCCCAGCACUUCGCCCACCUGAAGGCGGAGGACGACGUCCUAGAUGUUCUCAACGGUGCCGCGUUCAACAUCAUGAACGUCAUCCGGAACAGGUGCGGCGGGGUGACGUCAUGCGGGACCAACGCCGUGUGGCAGAUCGACGCGGUCGACUUCAGUAGGCAGACUGACGAGUCCGUGAACUUCGAGUAUUUCGAGUCGCGCACCAAGAUCGAGGACACGGCCACCUCUCACCAGCACUUCUGCAAGGGCAAGCGCAGCGUGUACGUGCAGGAGACGGUCUGCACCGGCAUCGCCAAGGUGAACGCGGACUACCUCGGCGCCGUGCAGCGUUGGGCCGAGGGCGCGGUUCAGCUCUUCUGGGUGCAGUUGUUCUUGGACCGCACUCCGCAGUUGGUCAUCUUCGGCUGGUGCGUCCUGGCGUACUUCGGCAUCGUCUACCACUUCGUUUACGGUUCCUGGGCCAAGGAGCUGAUCGGGUUUAACAUGUUUUGUGACAUGCCAGGCACGCCCACGAUCAUCUUGGGCGCGGACGCGGACAUUUGCAGGAGUUUGUACCGCGGUUUCGAGUUUUUCCUCGGCCAGAACAUCGACAGGGUGGUCUACAAGCUGGCGGAGGAGCAGUACAUGACGCUGAUCGACGUCACCCUGACGUGGUUCCUGAUCUGCUGCGGGAUGGCUCUCGCAACGGUGCUCCUGGUUUUCCGCGGCGCCAUGCCUAGCAUCGUUCGCUUGUUCAUCAUGACGGAGAACAUCACUUAUUUCUGGACUUCCCUCGCGAUCUUCUUCUGGAUCUCGCUCACGGUCUUCAUGGUGAUCAGCACGACGCCGCCGUUGAUGUUCAACGUCAGCCACUUUGCCAUCUACAUCCUCUUGAUCAAGAUCUCGGAGAACGGCAUGCUGCAUUACUACAAGUCACUCGGCGACAGCAGUGAGCUCGCCAUCUGGCGUGGGCAGCAGUCGUACAUGAUCUCUGCCCCGCUCUAUGUGAUGUCCAUUGUCCAGGGUACCUUGGCAGCGUGUGGCAUCGCAUGGCGCAACACAGACAAGUCUUUCUGGCUAUCUGCUGACCACGGUGCCGACGUCAUCCGUGUCGCCACCAUGUGGGUGACCCUCAUCUGGGUGUUGUUGAUUUUCUGCAUCAGCUUCACCGUUGUCAUGGCGACACGCUUCGACCUCUUUCACGACAUACAGGACAAAUUCGAGAGGCAGUGUCAGGUGUGUGCCUGCUGGAUGAUGCUGCUGGUGGCGCUGACCGUCUGGGAGCCGCUGAUCAAGUUCUGGGGCUUCGACGACAAGAUCGAGGCGAUGAGCAAGGACAAGGAACCCAGCAUUGGAAAGUAUUGGGCCAGCUUCUGCCUCUAUUGGCGCACCCGGGCGUGGAUCACCCGUUAUGUCACCGAUUUCGGCUUGCCGUUGCUCAUCCUGUCGGGCGCCACUGGCGGCAAAAGCAUCUUCGCCGUGGUCGCCUACGCCACGUCGGGUGAGGCGCAGGCCAACGAUUCAGCAAGCACCCAGCAACUCAACAUCGAGCGACUGUCCCAAUUCCGCAGCUACCUGGUCAGCGUGAAAGAAAGAGAAAGGAAGGACCGCGUCCACCAGAACCAGCCGCACCACGGUUACGACCGCGACGAUGAUGAGGAGUCGUCGCGUUCGCAGGACUCCUCGCCGGACCUGCCUGGCGGUCGCCUCCUGACGCCGCGGCCCCCGGAUGGCAUCGUCUUCAACCAGGACGAGAUCCACUCGUUCCGGGAGACCGGGAGGACUGUGGACUAUUGA